AUGCCGAUCGUGGGACAGCAAUACGCCAACGGAUUUCGUCCAUAUAGCUCCUUUCGAGUGCCACGUGGCAGUUGUGGCUACAACAACAGCAACAGCAACAUGAACCAACAGAUUGGACAACCGCUGAGCAGCAAUGGUGCCAACAGCAGAACAACAACAACAAAGACAGCAACAGCUGCCAAGGGCAACAGUCAAAAAAAUAACACUGUCUCGAGCUCCUCCUGCUCCUCGUCUAGCUCCCUCAAUCAGCAGCCGGGCCUAAGCAAUGGCUUUAGCAGGCAGCAGCCCUGGCGCAGCAGCUACUGCAGCAGCAAUAGGCAAUUGCAGCCACAGCAGCAGCAACGCAACGUCAAGCCGCUGACGCCUAAGCUAAUCAGGCGCAUUGAGAACACCUGUGCCGCGCCCAAUUCGAGCUCACGGUAUGGCAAGCCACGUGCGCCAGCGCCGCCUGCAGCUCAGGUGCAAUCCAGAAAGCCGAGUCAGUUGGCGCUGCAGCAAUCCCAGCAAUCCGCCAAUUCCCCACAGAAACGCGGCUACCAGGCCACAAAUGCGCGUUGCGCCAAGGAGAACUGUCCGACGGCACGGCAUACACAGCGCUCCAGCAAGAACUAUCCAGCGCCGUUGCCGCCACAGCAGCCACAGACACAGUCGCAGCGCAAGCAACCCAAUGAUCUCAUAACGCUGAAGGCCACGCCGCUGGCGCAGCGCCGACAGCUGCCGGUAACGCCCAAGCUUAGCCUAAGACAGCGCGCAGCCGCUUCAGCGACAGCUACAUCUGCUGCUGCUGGGGAGGGCGAGGGCGGUGCCUCCUCGACGGGCAGCAGCGAUUCGCAUGACUCGCCCAAGUUGAAGAAGGCCUACUCAAAGAAGUUUCCACAAGGACUGCCCUUCGAGGAUGAGUUCUAUGGCCGCCGUAAUCGCUCCUAUUCGCAAUCCUCAAGCAACUAUAGUUUCUACAGUUCCGUGGGUGCACCUGCCACGCCCCAAGACGAAGAUGACGAUGAGUUUCAGCGCAAGCCUGCCACAGAUGAGGCACUGUACGUCGACUUCUCCAAGGUGGUGCACAGCCACAGGCAGCAGCGUCAAUAUGUGCCCGCCAGCUCCUGGAUACGCGCCACGCCCGAUCACGACGAGAUGCAGGCACUCAGGAGCACUCAAACUAGUCACAAUAAAGCGCCGUUGACGCCAGCUCAGCUGCGGCGCAAGAGCGCCAAAUAUGCUCGAUCCAUGCAUGAGUAUUUAUAUAGCGACGAUAGCAAUACGAACACAUCGACAACGAAGCAUCGGCUCUCGGUAGUGGAUGAGCCCGAGGAUGGUUACUAUAGCUAUGCAGCUGGAACGCCCGAGCCGCAGACACCGCCUACGCCUCGAACGGAUAUUUAUGUGGCCGCAGCAUCGUGGGCCCCCAAGCCGCUCUAUGCCGACCGUGUGCUGCUGCCAGCCAAUGUCGACAGCAAUAACAAUUGCCGCAACCACAGCAAUCUCAGGAGCUCCAAGCAACAACAACAACAACAGCAGCAGCAGCAACAGACGCGACGUCGGUCCGAGCACUUGGGGUCCACGACAUGUGAGUAUAAGUGA